AUGAAUGACGUGCAUCAACCAGUAGUUUCAGCAAAAAUGCCUACUAUUAGGCAGCGAUUACCAUUUAAUGACGUUCCAUCGGUUCAUAUGAUUAAAUUAAAACGUGGUCUCAUUCAACGUUCUCUUCUUUAUUGUUUUGAAAAGGGCUAUUUUUCAUUGAUUCGUUAUUUACUUCAAUCAGAUUCAGCAGAUGUCCGUGAACGUGACCAUGAAGGUCGUACGGGUCUGAUGUAUUGCUGUUUUAUUGAUAGUGACUGUUGGGCACAAAAUAUUUCUAUGAUCCUACUCGAGUAUGGUGCUAAAAUAGAAGAUGAAGAUCACAAUGGACUUAAUGCAUUACAUUAUGCAAUUAUAACACAACGAUCAAUUUUAGUUAGACGUUAUCUUGCUUCACUUGAUUUUGAUCUUAGUCGAGCAGUAGAUAUCUAUGGUAAUACAUGUUUACAUUAUGCAUGUUCAACAGGUAAUACAGACAUCGUUCGUUCUAUUCUUGAUGCAAUGAAACGUUAUUCAGUUGAUCUAUCAGUUAAAAAUCAUCAUCAACUAACAGCACUUGAUAUUGCUUGUCAAUUAAAUCAUGAACGUUGUCAAAAUCUACUUCGUAAUGAAAUAACACUUAUUGAACAUACUAAUAAAGUAUCAACAAAAACACGUGAAUCACAUACAACUAUGAAAUCAUUAUUUGAACGACGUUCAUCUACACCAACGAGAACAAAUUCAACGGCAUCAACGGCACAUCUUACAGAAUCUAUUGUAUCGGUACCCAUAAUCAUGUCUCGAUCAAAAAAUUUUCCAAAUCAUUUUUCAACUACAAUAAAUUCUAACAAUAAAGAAAACAUUGUUAACCCAACACCUAUAUUUGUUGAUCCAAUUAAAUCACGUCGUAUCUCACUUAGACGCAACGAAACUCUCGAUUUAACACUUGCGAAUCAAGUAAAAGGUCGAGUUGAUUUUGCUACAACACCAUUAACAACUAAAAAUGCUAUUUUAAGUGCAUCAUCAUCAACAUGGCGUGAUGAUUUUUCACAUAUGUUUAAUCAAUUACUAACAUUUAAAACGCCAUCAUAUCGAAAAACUAUUCAUGCACCAUUAAAUACUGAAUUACCAAGUUAUUUAUUUGAAAGUACAUCUGACGGGUUUGGUGCCGAUGGAAAUGACAGUAAUCACCAAUCGCAAUCAUCUUUGCGAACAAAUCUAUCACAGAAAGUCAUUCAUCGACGACGAAGCAGUGCAGUUAGUACUUUAUUAGUGGCACAUAAAAUGAAAAAAUAA